CGUGACUGACCGCCUGCGCUGACUUCCGCAGGUAAAAAACCUCCCCCACCACGUCCCACAGCAGACGGUUACGCGCAGCCUCCGUGCUCUCGCAGCGGGACCGGUCCGGCAGGUUUCAGCGGUGGAGCUCAGGUGAGGCCACGGGAGAAGGGCGGGGAGCCGUGGCGCGAGAGCGGAGUCGGAGCGAACAGGAAGAAGAGGAGCAAAACAUGGUGCGAAGGCACGGCGGCUCCAGGAAGCACUGAGAACACGGAGCGACGUUUCCCACCGACCCGCUGCGGAGACACGAAACUUGAGGUGCUAAGAUGAGCCGGCCGCGAGCAGACUCGGAGGGCUCCAUGCGGCCUGAUGAUGAGGUCAUGCCUUACAGUGACGACGAAACGGAUGAUGAACUGGACACCUCUGAGAGUGAAGCCGAAGGGGAGCCAGAAGUCACUCAGGCCCACGUGGAAGCGAGCGUCCCCGACGUUAACUGGAAGGUGAAAGCCAAUGAUCGGCCUUAUCACCAGCAGCCUCAGUUUCAGAAAAAAGUCUUCCUGUGCAUCAAGAAGAGCAGAUACGCUGGAAAUGCCAUCAAGACGUACAAGUACAACGUCCUGACCUUCAUCCCUCUCAACCUGUACGAACAGUUCAAAAGAGCUGCCAACCUUUACUUCUUGGCUCUGCUCAUCCUACAGAUCAUUCCACAAAUUACCACUCUGCCUUGGUACACCACUCUAAUUCCUUUGGUCGUGGUCUUGGGGAUCACGGCCAUCAAAGACCUGGUGGAUGAUCUGGCGCGCCAUCGAAUGGACAAGGAAAUCAACAACAGGAAAUGCGAGGUGCUGUUGAACGGCAGCUUCCAAGACUCCAGAUGGAGGCAGAUUCAAGUCGGGGAUGUGGUUCGGCUCAAGAAGAACGAUUUUAUUCCGGCUGACCUCCUGCUGUUAUCCAGCUCCAACCCAAACAGCCUGUGUUAUGUGGAAACGGCUGAACUCGAUGGAGAAACUAACUUGAAGUUUAAGAUGGGGCUCAGAGUUACGGAUGAGAUGCUGCAGGAAGAACGGCAGCUGGCAGAUUUCGAUGCCCUGAUCGAAUGCGAAGAGCCCAACAACCGUUUGGAUAAGUUUUUGGGAAUGAUGCAGUGGAACGGCGAGCGCUAUCCCCUGGAGCUGGACAACAUGCUGCUCCGAGGCUGCAAAGUCAGAAACACGGACGUGUGUCACGGGCUGGUCAUAUUUGCAGGAGGGGACACCAAAAUCAUGAAAAACAGCGGCAAAACGAGGUUUAAGAGGACCAAGAUCGACGAGCUGAUGAACUACAUGGUUUACACAAUCUUUGCUGUGCUGAUCUUGGUGGCGGCUGGUCUGGGAAUAGGCCACACCUUCUGGUAUGAGCAGAUUGGCUCCAAGGCGUGGUACCUCUAUGAUGGCCUGAACUACAAUGCCACUUACAGAGGCUUCCUGAGCUUCUGGGGAUACAUCAUUGUCCUCAACACAAUGGUGCCCAUUUCUCUCUAUGUCAGUGUGGAGGUCAUCCGUCUGGGCCAAAGCAAGUUCAUCAACUGGGACCUGCAGAUGUACUUCGCAGAGAAAGACACUCCAGCUAAGGCUCGAACCACGACCCUCAACGAGCAGCUCGGUCAGAUCCAGUACAUCUUCUCUGACAAGACGGGAACUCUGACGCAGAACAUCAUGCAGUUCAAGAAGUGCACCAUCGCUGGACGCAGCUACGGCAACCCAACCACUGCUGAGGGAGUGUCGCUUGACAGAGGAAAGCCUGUGGAUUGGAGCUGGAACCAGUACGCUGACCAAAAGUUCCAGUUCAUGGAUCAUCUACUGGUCGCUAAUGUCAAAUCCAAGAAGGACAAAGAUGCCAUGGAGUUCUUCAAACUGCUCUCGCUCUGCCACACUGUUAUGGUGGACAACAAAGAUGGUGAUCUGGUGUACCAGGCUGCGUCUCCUGAUGAGGGCGCUCUGGUGACUGCAGCGAGGAACUUCGGUUUUGUGUUCCUGUCUCGAACGCAGGACACGAUAACCAUCAUGGAGAUGGGGCAGGAAAAGACCUAUGAAAUGCUGGCUCUGCUCGACUUCAACUCCGACCGCAAGCGCAUGUCUAUCAUCUUGAAGUUUCCUGAUGGUCGCAUUCGUCUGUACUGCAAGGGUGCCGACACCGUCAUUUAUGAGCGACUCUCCACAAACACCCAACACCGCCAGACCACUCAGGAGGCUCUGGAUAUCUUUGCCAACGAUACGCUGCGGACGCUGUGCUUGUGUUACAAAGACAUCAGUGCAAAUGAGUACGAGGCCUGGUCCAGGAAACACAAAGAGGCCCAGCUGGUCAUGGGCGACCGAGAAGCUGCCCUCGACAGCGUGUAUGAAGAGGUGGAGAAGGACCUGAUGCUCAUUGGAGCAACCGCUAUCGAGGACAAGCUUCAGGAUGGAGUUCCAGAAACCAUCGCCACACUGGCCAAGGCUGACAUCAAGAUCUGGGUCCUGACUGGAGAUAAGAAAGAGACGGCAGAGAACAUCGGAUACUCCUGCUCCCUUCUGACCGAUGACAUGACAGUCCACUAUGGAGAGGAUGUCAACGAGAAGCUGAGGAUCCGUCAGACCACCAGAAGGCGUCAGCCUCCUACAAAUUUUCGCCGAGCCAGACAGACUCCUGAAGAGCCUUUCUUCACAGAGACAGGCAAGAACGCUCUGAUCAUCACUGGAGGAUGGCUGAAUGAGAUUCUGUAUGAAAAAAAGAAGAAACGUCGCCGCCUUCGCCUCCAUCGUCUGGGCAGACGUCCACCUUCCAGCAACCCUGGAGAACCAUUGAAUGACUGGGAGAAAGAAAUGAGACAGAUCGACUUUGUGGACAUGGCCUGUGAGUGUGAGGCUGUCAUUUGCUGCCGUGUGACCCCCAAACAAAAGGCGAAUGUGGUGAGCCUGGUAAAGAAGUACAAGAAGGCUGUGACGCUGUCCAUCGGCGACGGAGCCAAUGACGUCAACAUGAUCAAGACUGCAGACAUCGGUGUGGGGAUCAGUGGACAGGAGGGCAUGCAGGCCGUCAUGUCCAGCGAUUACGCCUUUGCUCAGUUCCGUUACCUGGAGCGCCUCCUGUUGGUACACGGGCGUUGGUCCUACAUCCGGAUGUGCAAGUUCCUGCGUUUCUUCUUCUUCAAGAACUUCUCUUUCACUCUGGUCCAUUUCUGGUAUUCCUUCUUCAACGGAUAUUCCUCACAGACUGCAUACGAAGACUGGUUCAUCACUCUGUACAAUCUGGCUUACAGCAGUUUACCUGUUCUUCUUGUUGGACUGCUCGACCAGGAUGUGAAUGACAGACUGAGCCUGAAAUUUCCAAAGCUCUACAUUCCUGGUCAGCAGGGGCUACUCUUCAACUACAAGAAUUUCUUUAUCAGCUUGUUCCACGGCAUCUUCGUCUCGCUCAUCAUCUUCUUCAUCCCCUACGGGGCGUUCCUGCAGACCAUGGGGCAGGAUGGAGAAGCUCCGUCCGACUAUCAGUCUUUCGCUGUUGUGACGGCCUCAUCCUUGAUCUUUACAGUCAGCCUGCAGAUUUCCUUGGACACGUCGUACUGGACUUUCGUGAAUUGCUUUGCUGUGCUGGGCAGCAUAGCCAUCUACUUUGGCUUCAUGUUUGACAUCCAUAGUGCAGGGAUCCACGUCAUCUUCCCUUCAGUGUUCACCUUCACAGGAGCCGCGUCAAAUGCUCUGCGUCAGCCUUACUUGUGGCUAACCAUCAUCCUGACUGUGGGCAUCAGCCUGCUGCCCGUCAUCUGCAUCCAGUUCCUCUAUAAAACCAUCUGGCCGUCUGUUGGAGACAAAGUUCAGAGGAACAGGAAGAAGUACGAGCUUCAGAUGGAGGAAAAGAAGAAGGAGCCCGAGCCCUUCCAGCGGGGCAGGCGCUCCCGUCGCUCUGCCUACGCCUUUUCUCACUCACAAGGUUACGCAGGCCUCAUCUCGUCUGGGCAGAGCAUUCGGCGGCGUCCUGCCGCCCGCAGCGGAGCAAAUGCAAACAUCAGGGAGAUUCCCCACAGAGGGGCGGAGAACAUCUAAGCUGAGGUGGAGCCAGCCAGCCAAUUACUGCUGAAGACCUGCAUCCACCACUCUGCAGCCUUUAGAGAUGGAGCUGAACUUUUGUUUGGAGAAACUGAGAUGUCUGAAGUGUGAGAAGAAUGUUUGAAGUUCCUGAACUUGUGGAGAGGAAAGGAGGAGCUCUGUUUCCCGGCAGCAGAGAACUUGACAAAGACUCACCUGCAGGCACAGGCUCCACGCUCCAAACCAGAAAACUCGCCGGCUGUCGAUGACGUCUCACGGGGACGAUGUUAUUUAUCUCAGGAUUUUUAAAGAACCCUUUCUUUUUUUUUUUUUUUUUUUUUUUUUUUUUUUUUUUUUUUAGUGAGCUCAUCGGCUGAUGGGAAAUUAUUUAAAAUGAUAUUUUCUGAGAGUUUUACCGUUGUUCCUACACAGCACUUGGUGUCAUGCUGAAAUCAAAAUAUUUUUCCACGUAAGUCUUUAUUACUGCACAAGUUUGUUUCUGUCCGUUGAGUCAGAUCCUUUUCUCUAGUUAGAAACUCUGGGAUUAAGCUAAGUCUGUCAAAAUAUGAAAUUUUAGUGUUUUUAUGCAUUUGUAGGAUUUGUUUUUGCCAAGAUGGUUGAUCAGUAGAAAAUGUCUUUAAUUUAAAAAAAAAAAGUUGAGUCUAGAUGUUUUCUUUUCUCCUGCUCUUUCAAAACUCCCAAGAGUCUGGAAAGAUGUUUUAAUCCCCAACUUGUGAAAAUUUGCCCUUUUAAAUGCCUCUUUGCAGCAGACCUAACAGAUGUUUUCUUUACCAGCAUUUUUUAGGUUUUAUCUCUGAAAUGUGAGCCACUCAAGUAACUUUUUUACAAUCACGAUUUUUGUUAUUUUACAAAGGAAAGGAACACGGCCGGUAUUCUUGAUCACUUUGAUGCCAUGUCUCAGGGUUUGCCUUUUUUUUUUUUUUAAAUCUUGUAUAACCGUAAACCACAUGUUCAUGAAGUCUGGAGGAAAAAAGUGGAUCUUCUCUCUGCAUCUCAUUGUUUACAUUGUGUCUCAUUUGGAUUUUUUUUCUUGAAAUUAAAGCUAGAAUAAUUGGGAAGUGGUGAUCCAAAAGUGACGAUGAUUUCUGUUCGGAUGGUUUCCUCUUCAUGCGCGUCAGUGGAACGAGCAGUCGGUCCUGCCGCCGACUCCCUGCAGCGGUUUGGCCUCAUGCAGUUUUAUCGUAUGGUUGUUAAUAAAAGCCAAGGGCACAUUUAGC